AUGGAUCAGCAAAAUGUGUCGAACAAAAAUCGGCACCUGAAAAAAAUGCAUAGCAUUUUAAAUAGCAAAGCAUGCAUAGCAAAGCAUGUUAAAUGCCCACUUUGCUCUGAUGAGGAUAAAAUAUCAUUUGGAUCCCACGAAAAUUUGAUAGAUCAUUUGGAGCAGAUGCAUUCUUUGGUAAUCCAACAGUCUAGCCAUCAUUUUGCAAACAAGGAAGAUUUUGAGGCUUGGAGAUAUCUUUCCAACAGGAAUGUAGAUUACAUUUUAGAACGAGCAGUUAAAACUGAUUCUGCUGAAGAAUAUAUUUAUUGUAACUGCAAUCGUAGUAAUACUAUAGGAUAUUUGAGUCCGUUUAGCCAACGAAAUAUGAAGAAGGGAGGCAGCAUUAAGAUAUCUGGAUUAUGUCCAUCAAGAAUUUCUGUUAAAAUUAACAGUUCUGGAGUGGCGGUCAAAUAUAUCGAGACACAUGUUGGUCAUAAUGAUGAACUUCGAUCUAAAUGUCUCUCCAAUACUCAGCAGGAACUGCUUGCAAACAAACUUGUUGUCGGAGGAAUGAGUUCUUGAAGAUGCAAGUUUCAUGAAUGAAGGAAAAUUAGAGAGAAUGAAUAUUUUAACAAAAGGAGAUCUCUCAUAUAUCAUUCGAAAAUUUAACAUAAACAAACAGCGAAAUGCAGAUGAUAUGACAGCAACAGCCUUAAAAGUGGAAGAAUUGAACAGUCAAGAUGAAAACACUGUUUUCUUAUUCAAGCAGAUAGGUAAUAAUCAUAUUUUUAUCAGGAGAAAGUCACCCUCAGCCACAAAUUGAAGAUUUUGCUAUAGCUUUCAUGAACAAGUCUAUGGAAAGAGAGUCGAGGGAAUUCCCAAAAAUUAUUUGUAUUGAUGGCAUUCAUGGAACCAACAUGAGGAAUUAUCAAUUGACUAUUG